CAUUUUGGUCUUUUUGUUUAAAUGUUUAAGGUAAAUUGUGUCACAAGUUACUAAUUCAGAACCUGUCUUACUCUAUUAAUUAAUGUGCUUCUCAAAUUUUAAAGGCUUAUAAUUCUUUAAUUGGUGGUGACGAUUAACAAAUGGGUCGCAAUUCAGGCAGCUCGUCGAAAUCAAUUCCCACUCCGCCACCGCCACCGCCGCCACCGCCUCCGCUUCCUGGUUCUUUGGGUGGAAAUUCAUGGAAAACUGUUCAACCUUUAGCCUCAGGUAUUUCUGCGGUUUCCUUACGACCCAGUAAACCAACAAUUCAAGCUAAAAAUAGUGCUCCAACUAGUGGGCCUUUCAGAUUACCACCAGCAACUUCAACGGUAUCUAAAAAAAUUCGUCCACCUUUACCUCCAUCUUCAUCUCAAUCUUUUCUUCAUAAUCAACAACAACAACAACAACAACAACAACAUCCUCAUCAUCAUCACCAUUCUGCACCACCGCCGCCGCCUUCAAGUAAUUCAAUAAGAUCUGUCCCUCCACUUGUAACUGGACACUCAAAUGUUUCAACCAAACCAAGAUCAACUUCUCAGGGUAGAAACAGUGUCACCAAUAUUUCAUCCGCUCCUUUUAGGUUACCACCACCAGCUUCAACUUUACCUAGGAAAAUACGUCCACCUUUACCUCCACCACCACCACCACCAUCAGUACCACCAUCCGGAUUUUCCAACAACACUGGAAAAUUUAUUCCACCGCCACCACCAUCCUUAGCUCUUUCAAAUAGUUUUAAGAAACCUGCCAUUCCACCUAAGAAAAAUUAUCAAAACGAUUCAAAUAAUUCAUUUAAUCGUUCAUUUAAUUCAUUACCAACCAAUUUGGAAUCUCGUUUUAGACACAUUUUCAAAGAUCUUCACACUUUACCCGCUCCAGAGCCUUUUCUCAGUACUCGAAAACAUUAUCCAAGUGAAAGAAAACCUCGAGGUCCAGCUCCACCGAUACCGUCUCGAUCAACGUCAAUCACCAGUGUGAAUCAUAAUUAUUACAACGAUUCAACUCGAUACAAUUCAACACCAAUGAUCCACGUUCAGCUUGAACAUCAAGCCUUAGGUGUUAAUUAUCCAAGAUAUUGACCAGAAAUCUAAAUUUCUCUGAAAGUUAUUUAAUUUGGUGAUAAAUCUAACCCAAUUUACCACCAAAUUAUCAAUUUUUCUUCUCGUCCCUUUUUCAUAUUGGCAUUGACUAAUUAACAAACGAUAACUUGGACUACUUAGGAAUCCAUAAUUUAGCUACUAAUUGUUUUUUAACCGAAUGUUUUUUUCUCGUUUUCCAUAUCGGCGAGGGGGUAACAUUGGAAAAGAUUUCGAUAUAAAUAUAUUAUAUUGCAAUAAAUUGCUGUUAAUUAACAAAGUGAAUAACUGAUCUGUUAAACAGGUACCAAAGAGUAAUUUAACAAAUUGUAUUUAAAUCACUUUUCUAUUGGUAAUAUCUACACACAUUCACAACAUUUUAACAAUUAACAUGUGAAUGAACUAAUCAAAAAAAAAUGUUUCUCUUCCAAUGAAGAUUUUAAUAUUUAUGAAAAAGAACUUAAUUAAUGAGGUAAUUAAAUAUUGUCUUCUUUUUUUUUCUUUUUCUCCUAA